CUGCGCAUGCUCAAACAAACUACGUCAUCACCCCGCGCCUUUGUUGUCAGACGGUAGCGAGGUAUCGUCAGAGCUAGCUCGCCUAGUCUCUAAUAUAGAACGAAAACAGUUUAGGAAAUGGUUAAUUUGACGUUUUGACGCACCAGAAUCAUCCCGAAGGUGGGAUCAGUGGUAAAUCAAUUCGAAGAAUUCGCCAGCGAAGAGGAAGUUUGACAAAAAACAAGAUUCCACAUGUCAUCGGCAGCAGAGACAGUCGAAAAUGCCUCUAUUAUUUCAGAGAGCACGGCCCAUGAUGGAAACCGCUUGUGGAUAGGAAACAUUGAUCCCAAAAUCACAGAGUAUCACCUGGUGAAGUUGUUAGAGAAGUUUGGCAAAGUGAAACAGUUUGACUUCCUGUUUCACAAGUCUGGGCCUUUGGAGGGACAGCCACGAGGCUACUGCUUUGUCAACUUUAGCACCAGGGAGGAGGCUGAGAGGGCUAUCCAGUGUUUAAAUGGGAAGCUAGCUUUGUCCAAGAAGUUGGUUGUGCGCUGGGCACACGCACAGGUGAGGAGGUUUGAAGGUUUUCGUAAUGACAAGACGAUGCCUCCCAGCCUGGAACCGUCGUGCAGCGGUUCAACAGAGGAUGGAUCCAUAACAACCAACCACCUCAGCACGAGUGCUAAGAUCCGCGCCAUCGAAGCCAAGCUCCAGAUGAUGGAGGAGAAUCCAGACGAUAGCUACUCAGGCCCGUCUGCCUACGUUUACAACAAGCCGCCGGAGAGGAAACGCUGGGAGCCCUACUCUAAAUCACACCACAGCAACCAGAGCAGGCCCCGCAAGUUCAGGAGAUGACCCAUCCUCCCACUUAUUCUAUCCCCAGCCACCCACCCCUUCCUCUCUAAUCCCAAAGCCAGCGUCUACACCUCAGCCCCCACCUCCACACAAACAGUUUCCACAUUCAGUGCUUUCGACUGUCCUAUGUGGGGAAAAUAAAAGCUCUCGAAGGUGAACCCUGACUGUUAAGGAGUAACCACAGCCAUCAUGGACGGCACCCAAAGUGGGUUUGGGGUUUUUUUUUUUAGUUAUUUCAGGUCUCAGAAUCAUCGGCAGUUAUUUAGCCGGACAUGUGACCCAAACCUGGCUGACGUGCAGGUCGGGCCUCUCGUCGGCCUGCCUCGUCACGAUUUGCAGCGAUUGAACACAGUUGAAAGUGUUAAGCGGUGUAAACGCUGCUUCUCGUUUUGUUUUGAACACAUCUUCUAACUUCCAGAUCACAUUAUUUAAUUAAGGAAUAUGUUUCUUUUGGAGGGUGGGUUGGGCUUCGGUUUGUCCUAAUUGGUUACUAUUAAUGGAGUGUAAAAAUAAUAAGCCACAAGCCGCUUAGCGACUCUCACUGCGAGUUUUUGUGUGUGUGUGUGUGUGUGCGUGUGUGCGGGCAUGCUUGAUUUCUCCCCCUUUGUUCUUUUUUUUGGGGUUUUUUGUUUUUUUUCUUGGAUCUAAUUUUAUACGACUGUUUUUAAUGACUUUUGCGUAGCAUUUAGAUCCAUCCCUGGUCGCAUUCUUGUUAUUUAAAAUUCUCAAUUAAAGGUAAAUAAUCACUUC